ACGGAUGACCUCCAGUUUGUAACUAUCAGUAUGUUGCGAUCUGGAUAGCUGAUGGACAUCCUUGUUUUGCAUGGAUAGUUAGUUAUGGAGUGUAUUCCGCUUAUUGUUAGCAAGACAGCCAGUGAGUUAGACUGGUGGUACUUUCGGUGUUAAACCGUGUUGCUCCCGCAGACCGAUUGCACCGUUUAUCGGUACCACGCAUUGCGUUCAUGAGACGAUCCAUCACGAUGGAGCUGAAUUUUUACUCGGAUCUGUCGGACGGUACCGAGCAGCACAGCGAGUUUAUGGACUCACAGCCUCACAGUGGAUACGACUCGAUAAACAAGUUUCCUGGAGGCAGCGAUAACUACCUGAGCAUCCCUGGGGCCAGCCAUCCCUUCCUCUCCUCCGCUGAGACGUUCCACACCCCCAGCCUGGGCGAUGAGGAGUUCGAGAUCCCGCCCAUCUCGCUGGACCCAGACUCCGCCCUCACUGUGUCAGAUGUGGUGUCUCAUUUCGGGGAGCUGGGUGACGGGGGCGGGGUGGAGGAUCCCUCGGUGAGCGGCGCGGUGGUGGGGGGGAACGACCCCUCCUUCGCCUCCCCCUUCGCCAGCACCCCGUCCCAGAGCCUGGAGCACCUGAGCCUGGGGGUGAUGAGCCAGCCAGGAGGGGGCGCUCUGCUGAGCUCCACACUGGGCAUGGAUCUGGGCCACACCAUUGGCUCCCAUUUCAGUAGCUCCUCCCCCAUGACCAUAGAUGUUCCUCUGAGUGAUAUGAACCAUGGUCUCCUAGGCCACAACCAGCUGACCACCAUUGACCAAUCAGAGCUGAGUAGCCAGCUUGGGCUCAGUCUUGGGGGAGGGGCCAUUCUUACCCGCUCGGGGUCCCCAGACCAGCCCCUGUCGGCCACGCCCUCCCCCUCUGACUCGCUACAGGAUGAGGACAUGGAAGACUUCAAGCAGAAGACUGUGCUGGUGGACUCCCCCGCCCCCCUGUCCAUCUCCCCUGCGGCCAUCUCGCUCAGCCCCUCGUUGUCGGGCUCGGCCCCGCCCCCCUCCAGCGCCCCCCCUGCGCUGGUGCGGAGGGGUGGGGGCAAGCCGGCGAUGGUGGCCGUGGCAGCGGCGGGAGGAGGAGGAGGAGGAGGAGCAGGGAAGAAGGGGAAGAAGAAGAAGGACCCUAACGAGCCGCAGAAGCCGGUCUCCGCCUACGCCCUGUUCUUCAGAGACACACAGGCCGCCAUCAAGGGCCAGAACCCCAGCGCCACCUUCGGGGAGGUGUCCAAGAUCGUAGCGUCCAUGUGGGACAGCCUGGGCGAGGAGCAGAAGCAGGUGUACAAGAGGAAGACGGAGGCGGCAAAGAAGGAGUACCUGAAAGCACUGGCAGCUUACAAGGCCAAUCAGCUCUCUCAGGCCAGCUCUGAUGUGAUGGACAGCUCAGCCUCCCCUCCCCCUCCCGUCUCUGCCCCUGUGCCUGCCCCUGUCCCCUCCCCCACCCCCCCGCGCCCCGCCCGAAUUCCCCACCACGCCCCUGACCAGAACACCAUCACCAACAUCUGCACCUCCAACAUUAUCCUGGACCUGCCGCAGGUGACCACACGCUCACGCACGGGGGCGCACAAAGCCCCCGGGGCCCCGCCCGCCCUUGCCCCCACCCCGGCCCCCGCACCCAACCCCCCUACUGUCACUAAGAUCAUCAUCUCUAAGCAGAUGCUGGCGGGGGGGGCGCAGCUGCAGCAGAUCCCCACCUCUGUGGUGACGGUGAUUCCCGCCACGCGCGGCCUGCAGGCCACCGCCCCUGCCGCCCGCCAGCCCCCGCCCCUGCAGCAGAUGCAGAACACCCCCCCGCCCCCCCGCCUCCAGCAGAUGGUGCACUCCCCCGCCCCUCCCCCGCUCCAGGCCAAACCCCGCGGUGGGGGCGGGGCCACUGUGGCGGUGUCUGUCACCACAACCCCUCCUCCCCCCCUUCAGAUCAAGAUUGUCCCUGCCACCUUGCAGGCCGAGCUGGCCACGCCCAUUAUUGUGACGUCAGCCGCAGCUGCCAUGUCGGCAGGCCCCGCCUCUUCCUCCUCUGUGCCAGCGCCUGCUCACGCCACACCCGCGCUUCCUGUGUCCGUGGUAACCGGCUCCUCCCCCUCCGGUGCUGAGGAGGUGGCCGAGUCGGAGGAGUUCCCCGCGGGAGAGAUGGAGGUGGAGCUGAAUGUGUCCCCGGGCCCUGAGGUGGCCCCCCCCGGCCCCCCCGGGCGCUGUAUCCGAGCCGGCUGCACCAACCCCCCUGUGGAGAGCAAGGACUGGGACAGAGAGUACUGCAGCAAUGAGUGUGUGGCCACCCACUGCAGAGAUAUCUUCAUGGCCUGGUGUUCCAUAAGAGGACAGAACUCCACCACCACUGUCAAGUGAAAAGCAGGAGGAGGGGGGUGGAGGAGGAGGAGGAGGCGGGGGGGGGAGAAAUGGAGAGAACAGACAGAUACAGAGAGAUGGAGAGUGGGGUGCAGAGCAGUCAGCUGGAGUGUGAGAGGGAGCUUCCUUCUCAUUCUGAAAGUGCUCAUCAUACCCCUACCUCUUCUCGGUCUCAGACACACUGAAAAGAGCACCCUCGAGUGUAAAGAUCAUUUUAUUUGUUUUUUUUUUUUAUGUGUCAUAAAUGUUUGAGAGAGAGAGAGAGAGAGCUGUAUGGAGGGAACUCUCGCUGUGUCCCUGCCGAGGGAAAGGCAGAGUGAGAGAGGUCACACAGAGACGGAGCCCUGACCAGCCGCAGCAGUGCAUUCUGGGACUGUGGCUGUCUGGCACCACAGGCAGCUGUGUGAGGUGAGCUCUGUCCCAGUGCUGUUACACAGGUGAGCUCUGUCCUGGUACAGACGCUGGGCGUGCCGCCCCGGCCGCCUCCGGGAGAAAACCCGGGGAAGGUGUUCGUUUGGAUGUACCAAGUGUUCUUCAACUGCUGUCCUGAUGUCCGAGCAAACACUCCUAGUGCUAUUUUUUGUACUGGCUACCAAAUAGAUGUACAUGUGAUAUAUUUGUAAGGUAAACUGCUAGUCAUUUUCCAAAAAAAAAAACGGUGCCCUUUUUAUCUCGGUGUUAGAAAACAUAUAUGAGCUAAAUGGUCCUUAUUUUGGUACCUUUUUUAAUUUCUUUUUUGAGUGGAAGAUAUGAAGUCCUAAAAUCCUGGAAAAUAAGUGUAUAUCAUGUAAAGAGGAAAAUGUUUAGGAUUUUUUGUUAUGGUUUCUUGGAGAAUAAUUUCUUUUUUUUAAUUGUCAAAGGAUUGACUGUUAACCCAGUUUUCCGAAUA